AUGGUUGAUUCUAAGACAAAGUCUGAUUCGAAGGUGUUUGCCACGUUGGGAGAAUUUUUGGUGAGCUUAAAGGAGUCGAUUUUGAAGGUUGAUAAUUCUCCUAAAUCCUAUGUUUCUCAGGAGUCUUUAUCACAAAUGUUUUCUUCUUUAGGAACUAAUCUGAAGGUUGAAGUUGAUCCUCUCCUAAAACUUGUUAAUUUGAUGCCAACGGAUGCCCCACCUGUCAAACCAGUGGUGCAAGGGGGAGAUAAUGGGGUUGGAUCAUCGAAGGAUAAUGACCAAGGAAAGGUUGUUGGGAAGCUGAUAAGCACGCAAAUUCCAACAUCACUUCCUACUUCUAUGUCAACAACCUUAACCACAAUGAAUUCGAAGCCAUUAACCAAAUGUAUAAUUAUUGGUUCUACUACUGGAGGUUCGAGUUUGAAGGCACCACCUUCGAAUGAAGUUAAAGAUGAUAGAGGAAAGGGUAUUGUGAAUGAGAUUUCGUAG